CUGCUGCCGUCACCUCAUGGCGACGCGGGUAGAAGAGGCAGCGCGGGGAAGAGGCGGCGGCGCUGAGGAGGCGACUGAGGCCGGUCGGGGCGGACGGCGACGCAGCCCGAGGCAGAAGUUAGAAACAUCUCGAAAAACAUUGGAAGUCCGGCUUGGUCACUCAGGACUAUCUAAUGCCACAGUCGAACCUUAAGCAUUGUGGGGGUGGGGCUAGGGGCACCUUCCCCCGCGUAACGUGUGACCCCAACACUUAACCGCACAGCUGUCCCUCGGUAUCGAGGGGGCUUGAUUCCAGGACUCCGCAGAUCCCCAAACCCUGCGGAUGCUCACGUCCCCUAGAUAAAAUGGCGAAGAUCCAUGCAUACAGUCGGCCCUCUGCAUCCAUGGACUCCCAACCCGGCAUGGAAAGCAGUGCAGUUUGUGAUUGGUGCAAUGGAAGAAGCUGGAAUGUGCGGGUUAGGGGUGAAAGCGGAUGUGUUGCGUACUUCUCAAUCAAACGAUAUUCUUCAACAUCAAGACUCACAUUGUGGUGGAACAAGUAACAAGCACUCACUGGAAGAGGCUGAAGGCUUCAUAACAAAACACAGGAGUUUGGUGAACCCGGCCUACUGCACACAGGAGCCAAGAGAGGAAAUUCCUGGGCAGGAAGCUAGAACAGAUCCCCCCGAUGGUCAGCAAGAUUCAGAUUGCAACAGGAACAAAGAAAAAACCCUAGGUAAAGAAGUUUUAUUAUUGAUGCAAGCCCUAAACACCCUUUCAACUCCAGAAGAGAAGCUGGCAGCUCUCUGUAAGAAAUAUGCUGAUCUUCUGGAGGAGAGCAGGAAUGUUCAGAAGCAAAUGAAGAUUCUGCAGAAGAAGCAAGCCCAGAUCGUGAAAGAGAAAGUUCACUUGCAGAGUGAGCACAGUAAGGCGAUCUUGGCAAGAAGCAAACUAGAGUCUCUCUGCAGGGAACUUCAGCGUCACAAUAAGACGCUAAAGGAAGAAAAUGUGCAGCAGGCCCGCGAGGAGGAAGAGAGACGGAAAGAGGCAACCGCACACUUCCAAAUUACUCUGAAUGAGAUCCAGGCCCAGCUGGAGCAGCACGACAUCCACAACGCCAGGCUCCGCCGGGAGAACAUCGAGCUGGGGGAGAAGCUGAAGAAGCUCAUCGAACAGUACUCCAUGAGGGAGGAGCACAUUGAUAAAGUGUUCAAACAUAAGGAAGUACAACAACAGCUUGUGGAUGUCAAGCUUCACCAGACCUCACAGCUGAUAAAGGAAGCUGAUGAAAAACAUCAGAGAGAGAGAGAGUUUUUGUUAAAGGAAGCAACAGAAUCGAGACACAAAUAUGAACAAAUGAGACAGCAAGAAGUACAACUAAAACAGCAGCUUUCUCUUUAUAUGGAUAAGUUUGAAGAAUUCCAGACUACCAUGGCAAAAAGCAACGAACUGUUUACAACCUUCCGGCAGGAAAUGGAAAAGAUGACAAAGAAAAUAAAAAAACUGGAAAAAGAGACACUAUUAUGGCGAACCAAAUGGGAAAACAAUAACAAAGCGCUUCUGCAGAUGGCUGAAGAGGUGAGGUGGUUUCCCGUGACUAAGAAAACUGUCCGCGAUAAAGAGUACAAGGCCUUUCAAAUAAAACUGGAACGGUUAGAGAAGCUGUGCAGGGCUCUUCAGACGGAGAGGAAUGAGCUCAACGAGAAGGUGGAAGUCCUAAAGGAGCAGGUCUCGGGGAAAGUGGCAGGUGCAAAACUAGCACCACGCGUGACACAGCCCUGUGCAGCCCUGGCUUCUCCUAAGGAGCUGAACACUGCCUGGCACAGCGGUGCUCGAGUCCCCAUGGUGGCCGUGCCCAAGGCAGCCAAGGAGAAGCCAGCCGCACACAAGGCCGCGUCGCUAGGCACUGGGCCAACCAUCGAGUCCGUAGACUGAGAUGAAGUACGAUCACUGUCUUGAGAGCUCUAUUUUGUGUAUAACUUUCUCUGUUAGUAGUAACUAUUGGUUUUGUGGUGAAAAUUUUCUUACUUUUUCUACCAUAUCUGUAUUUUCUUAGAACUACUGGACUUAGGUGGUACAGGAGGCUGCUUAGCGGUUUGAAUAGUUUUCCUCAGCUGUGUGGCACAUCUGCUUCGUCUGCCCUCAUUGGGAUGCAUGUGGUCAUUCGCCUUGUCCUUUCUUCACUGCUCUUCGCACAAAAUCAUACUCAUUAAAAUUUCACUCAAGACAGGACCGGCCAUUCAGUACAAGAGAACUUUGUUCUGAAAAUGGUUCCUUGAUGUGAAAACAAUAAUUCAUUUAAACAUCCUGGGCCCCAUCAAUAUUAAAAAAAAAAAAAAAAAAUCCAAGAUGAUUAGUUUUAAUAACCCAUUUAAAUGCCAAGUAAAAAACCCCUCUAGGGUUGGGACAGAAACAAACAGUGUAUUUAAUUCAAAAUAGUUUUUUUGCUAAUAUAUCACUCGGCAAAUGGAGGUGGCCGUAGCCUCAAAUUCCUCCAAGUUUUGGCAGACUAUUGUCAUGUAAACAAUGCAGUAUAUGCAGGCAAAUAAUUGGACAAACACGCUUACUGUAUGUCACAGUCCUUCUGCUUCCAUUUCAAGUUAGUUAGAACCAGUGGUGAAUUGGGACCACCCAGAAGCUUAUUAUGGGAUAGGUGGUUUGUUUUCCAUUUGGGUAUACAUCCUCCACUUCCCACAGAAAGCAGCUACUGAUAGCCCUUUAAGACAACUUUCACCAAGCAGAAGUCCCUCCACUACCUUCUGGCUAUUUGAAAUUGGUGUUCAACUUUUAAAACAGUCCUAUCAGCCAAAUUCUCCAUUCAACUGAAACAUUUCAUUUCCAAAACAGAGAGACUGGAACUAACAUUUUGAACUUUGGGAAAACUUAGCACAGUCAAGUCAGGAUGUUGUAGGAAUGCUUUCCAUUUGUUUCUCACCCUUUUCUUACUGUUUUAUUUUAAAAGAAAAACAGUAUUAUCAAUGUCUCUACACUUGGGAUGGGGGACUUUUGAAAUUAAGCACAUCAUCAUUGUUCUUUACAGAGUCAAAUGUAGUAAAUGGUUACUAAGCUGCAGUUAUUAAAGUUUUGAUUUCCCUAGUAUAAUUUGCAUUGAAACAUUUGAUGAUAAAAAAGACUCCAAUAGAACUAAUGUUAGCAAAUCCCACUGAACAAAGCUACCAAACUGACACUUAAAAUUGCUUACUGGACUGGAUAAACUCUUCGUUAACAUUUUAUUUGUAAAAUCCUGUCACAGUCAUGGUCUAAACUGUAUUAAAAGAAUGAAAAUUGUCCAGUAGGUAGAAAACAGCACCUGGAGUGGAGGAUUAGAUCUAAGCUUCCACCAUCGGGCGUAUUAAUCAAGGGACCAGAUGGUGGAGGAAAAGAAAUCCACAAAGUAGGUUAUCUAAUCACUCUGUCAAAAUGAGUUGGAAACAGAAACAAUCAUCCCCUCCCUCAAAUAGCCUCUUAUAAAUACCCCUGCCCGCCCUCUGCUUCUAAUGAAAUAUUGGACUCAUUUCCCAGGGAGGAAAUGAAGCUAUGUAUAUCAGAAAUAUCUACUUUAAAAUUAGUACUAAUCACAUUUCACAAAAAUUCUGCUGGAUGUACAGUUCUUAAUGUCUUAAGCCAUUUGUGUAGCCCACCACGUCCCAUUGUGUUUUGUGUGGAAGACUGUAAACCUUUGAUCUGUUGCCUAUUUUCAAGGGCUUUAUAAAGCAAUGUGAUUAACAGUACCUGGCCUGCUGCUUCUGGCUUACUAUGUAUUUCUAGCUAGAUGCUACCAUGGUGUUUAAAGGACAUUGAUUCUGUCUUGGGUGUAUUUGAUGUCCUUUCAGAAUCUGUCCUCCCAUUAUCCUGUGAAUAAAAACACGGGACCCUGCGAAGGACACUCUCUUAAAGCAGUCACCUCACCAGCCCAGUGUUGUGGCUUUGUAGCACGCUGUUGUACCUAAUAUAUUCUAGAACACUGUACUGCUACUAGCUGGCCCAGAAAAGGGCUAAAUAAUGUCAAACUCACUUCAAUUGCAUUUGUUGCACUACCAUGGAAUCUAGUGUAGUUAUAGUGGCAGUAGAGAAAACGGGCCAUUUCAUCCUGACGUGUAGGAGUAUAUUUCUUGGUCUUAAGACCAGUAUUUUUAGUUAUGUAUGCAACUGCCUUUCUUAUCAACACCUGGUUAUCACACUUCAAUUCUCAGGUGUUGCAGAAAAAUCUACCUCUUUCAGACUGUAGAUGGAAAUAACUGUGAAAAAUGCAGAUAUCUUCUAGUUUGUGCUAAACACACUGCUUUAUUUUUACAGCCCACGUCUUUCAUGAGGAUACGAAUUGUUGAGGCAGUCUUGUUUUGCUUUUCAAAGACAUUUUGUAGAGAUUUUUUCACUAAUGUGAAUCUGAUUUUAUCUACUCAAUUCUGUAUAGAUUAAGUAAAUAUGUAUGAUAAUUUAA